AUGGCUCUUCUAUUACAACAUCACAAUUCAAGUAUAAAAUCAAAUAUAAAACCAAAAGAAAUUGUUCAAAAAAAUCCAUCAAGAAAAACGGAAAUCGAAUUUCGAUGGUCGAUUUCAGCAGCUAAAAUCGCUUUACAAGAAGAAGCAUCAUUAGCAGCCUUACAUAUAAUUGAUCUCAAUAGUCCAAAAAAGAAAUCUUUUUUAUCUUCUCAACCUUCAACAGCUCGAAGUUUAGUAAAACAUCCAUCAUCAUUCUCAACAUAUACUCUUUCACCAAGUUCUUCUCGUUUAUCAAAUGAAAAUAAUAUUAAUAAAAAAAAACGAGAAUUAUCAAUAUCACCAAUUGAUCAAAAUCAUGAUGAAAGAAAAAGUCCAUUAAUUGUUACAUAUGCACAAUUACAUCGUGAACAACAAAAUUUAAAACAAAUGGAAACAUCACAAACAAAUCUUUCUAUAUAUCCAUUAUUAAAUAAUAAACAAAGAAAUAUUUCUAAUAUAUAUCGUCGUUUACCACAUUUAUCAAAAUCUACAGCAUCAUCAAAACUUUUACAACGUUUAGCAAUGAAGAAAUAUAAAAAAUAA